CGGAUGAGUUUAUAUUAGAAAAAGAAUUGCCUUUUCAUGUUUGGGUUCGCGCGACUUUCAUCUUAUUUGUGAUUAGUCCCUCCCCUGCCAACUCCCUCCGGGAAAAAAUGGCUGAGCGAACUUCUGACCGUACCACUCCCCUCCUCCGCCGCAACUGGUGGCGCAGCCAUCUUUCCGCUCAUACGUUCACCGGCUCUCUCCGCCUGAAAACCUCCCUACUUUCCGAACUAGGUGGCUCCGUCGGCGAUUUAGGCACUUACAUUCCCAUUGUCUUAGCACUCACAUUAGUCAGCAAUCUUGACCUCAGCACUACCCUUAUAUUCACUGCAUUCUACAAUAUCAUCACCGGUGCUAUUUUCGGAAUCCCCAUGCCUGUUCAACCCAUGAAAUCUAUUGCUGCCGUCGCCGUCUCUGAAAUACCUCAUCUCACUGUUCCCCAAAUUGCCGCCGCCGGUAUUACCACCGCCGGCACACUUUUAUUCCUCGGAGUCACCGGGCUUAUGUCCUUCUUCUACCGCUUUAUUCCUCUCCCUGUUGUUCGCGGCGUUCAGCUUUCUCAGGGCCUCGCUUUUGCCUUCUCUGCUAUCAAAUACAUUCGUUAUAACCAAGAUUUUACCUCUACAAAGGCUACCGCCACCUCCCCACGUUCGUGGUUUGGCCUUGACGGCGUUAUUCUGGCUCUCACUUGUGUGUCUUUUCUUAUACUCGUCACCGGCUCCGGUGAAGUUGUUGAGGACGACGAAGAUGAAGACGGGAGCGAUCGGCGUAGAUUACGAACACUAUCAGCAAUUCCGGCAGCUCUUAUAGUAUUUUUACUGGGAUUGAUCCUCUGUUUUGUUCGUGAUCCUUCAAUCAUUCACGAUAUUAAAUUUGGCCCAUCAAAAAUUCACAUUUUGAACAUUACAUGGGAAGAUUGGAAAAGCGGUUUUCUCCUGGGAGCGAUUCCUCAGAUUCCGUUAUCCGUAUUGAAUUCGGUGAUCGCUGUGUGUAAAUUGUCAGCUGAUUUGUUCCCGGAGAAGGAAGUGUCUGCAACUAGAGUCUCUGUAAGUGUUGGACUAAUGAAUUUGGUGGGUUGUUGGUUUGGGGCAAUGCCGUGUUGCCACGGUGCAGGGGGGCUGGCUGGACAGUAUAGAUUUGGUGGGAGGAGUGGUGCAUCGGUGGCGUUUCUUGGAUUGGGUAAAUUGGUUCUUGGUUUGGUAUUUGGGAGUUCAUUUGUGAGGAUUUUGAGUCAGUUCCCUAUUGGUAUACUUGGGGUGCUUCUGUUGUUUGCUGGGAUUGAAUUGGCUAUGGCAUCAAGGGAUAUGAACUCAAAGGAAGAAUCUUUUGUUAUGUUGGUUUGUGCUGCCGUUUCAUUGACGGGUUCCAGUGCUGCAUUAGGAUUCGGGUGCGGUAUCGUGCUGUUUUUGCUGCUGAAAUUGAGGGAAUUGGACUGCUUCCAUAGUUGCUUUGGGAGAUCAAACGCUGAAACUAGUCUCAAUCCAUAAAAUAAUGUGUGACUAUACCAAUUAGGAGGCAAUGUGGUUGUUGUUUGGUCCAGACUUACAUUAUGUUUGGAUCAUUGUUAUUUAUUGUAUUGUAUUAUAUUGUUACUAUAUCUACAAUGUUUGUUUUCAUUGUUA